AUGACAUCCGACUGUUAUAAUGAUACAUCAGCAUCUAUGAAUAAACAGAUAAAUCAAUUACUACAAGAAUCUAUUGAUAUAUUGCCUGAUCAUUUAACGGAAUCACCUCCGCACCGUGAAAUCGAUCACGAAAUUCAAGUAUUUGACAAUGCAUUGCCUCCAUCACAAAAACCAUUCCAUAUAUCGCAACUAGAAUUAACUGAAUUAAAAAUUCAAUUGGAAUUAUUAAUAGACAAAGGUUUUAUUCGUCCAAGAAAGUCACCUUAUGCUACUCCUGUUUUAUUUGAAAAAAUGAAGGAUGGUACAGUACGUAUGUGUGUUGAUUAUUGUGUAUUGAAUAAAAUUACGAUAAAAAAUAAAUAUCCGAUUCCACGUAUUGAUGAAAUGCUAGAUCAACUUACUGAAGCAAAAAUCUUUUCUUAA